UUUCCAAAAUUCAGAUUUAUUUUUUGGAUGCCAUAAGUAUUUGCUGUACGAAGAAGGAAUAUAGUUUUUGGAGUAAACUUAAAAUGGAUCAUAACGUGAGUCCAUCGUUGAAAGAGUCCCAUCCAGGGAACACCGAGAGUGAAGAAAGCGAGAUGAAUGGUCCUCCUUCUCAGAGGAAGGAUCUGUGCACCAAAGCUUCCAUGAUGAUAAUGAUGGUUGAACACGACGAUUCUGACGAUGAAGAUGAAAGUCCGGAAGAACUUGACCAGGCUACGAUGUCAAGUUUAUGCAGCUUGCCUGCAGAGAUCGCCUUGAGUCAACAGGCUAGGCAACUUUCUGAACUAAGCAUCAAAGAGGCCCUUGCUGAAGAAUUCAUUGAAAUAGAGACCAGGCGAAUGUCCCUAAUUUCCAUUCAUUCAGCCUUUUCAGCCGCAAUAAUGUAUCAAUCCGACGACAGUCGCCAAAAGAAACGCAAGCCCAACAUCUUCAGGAGAUUUUUUUCAUGUUGUAUUUCAUGUACUGGUAGAAGAAAUCAAUAAAGUGUUCUCUGCAAA